AUGAUUAAAUGUAUCACGGUCGUGGAUUCAGUGAUCAUCGAUUGCAGAAAUGAAUGUGUGGGUCGUAAAGGAAAGGACACCCUGUACUGUGUUUGCAACGCUACCUAUUGCGAUGACCUAGAUCCUAUUACCAAACAACCCGUUGGAACUAUACUGUCCUACCAGACCAGUCAAAGUGGGGACAGAUUCAAAGAAUCGCAAUUAAAGUUUACCAAACAAAAUGACCAC